AAUAAAUUUAAGUACAUUAAACUAUAGAUUCAGAAAAAUGUAGAAGUGUCCAGCUGAAUGUGGCUUCGUUUUUAGUGACAUUGACGUGAUUUUUAUUGUGUUACUUUUGUAUCAUAAUGCGCAUGUGCUAAAAUGAACGUGCCGAAAUUUUGCCGAGAUAAUAAAGAGUCCUGCAGCUUCGACGAAGCUAUAACUUUGACAGGUUAUGGUAAAUUUCAAUACGAAGCCGCAGCAAUUUGUUGUCUAUCAAUAGUAAUAGUAGGUUUUCAAAACGACAUUUCCUCGUAUAUAUUUCCAUCGGCGAAAUGCGAACUUAACCUAACUUCUUUCGAAUUAGGUCUACUUAACGUCGCGUUUCUAGGUGGUGGUACGAUCAGCUGUUUUCUCUGGGGUCUGCUAGCUGAUAACAAGGGUCGAAAAAAAGUAAUAAUAUUUACACAUUUUUGUAAUGCCCUCGUAACAAUUAUGAGUGCGUUAAAUACGCAUACGACAUUUUUGGUUGUUUGUAGAUUUAUAAAUGGUUUUCUCACGGGAGCUCCAGGUAGUUUAACCUAUGCUUACUUAGCCGAAUUCCAACCUCCAAAAUAUCGUUUCAGAAGCGUUUGCUUCCUCGGAUUAUUCUUCAUCGGUUCAUGGUUAUUACUCCCAAUAAUAGCCUACGUAAUUUUACCCCUAAACAUAAAUUACAGCUUCAAAGAUAUAAUUAAAUUGUCUCCUUGGAGAUUUUUCUUACUUCUGAUUGCGUUACCGGAAAUUGUAGUGACAUUUUGGUUUACAAGGUUACCGGAAAGUCCCAAAUAUCACACAGGAAGAGGAAAUCCGAAAGAAGCUUUGAAGAUUUUACAUAAAAUGUAUUUUAUUAACACAGGAAACUCUCCCGAUUGUUUUCCAGUUAAAUAUAUUAUUUGUGAAGGUGAUUCGCAUCGUCGGCAUAAUACAAUCGUGUCCAGGGGGAAAAUGUACAGGGUAUUGAAGGAAGUGGGCGAUCAUUUGAAACAGUUAUUUCAAAAACCGUUACUAUGGAGGACGUUUUUGAUUAGCAGCAUUAUGUUCAGCAACAUGUUUGGAUUAUUCGGUUUGGGUCUUUGGCUACCAGAACUUUUCAUCAAAUUCGAAAGGUAUCAAACGCUGUAUCCUAAUACCACGGCCAGCAUCGAAUUAUUAUCGAAUCUACCGCUAGAUGGCGAAAAUUCUAGCGAAACGUCGUUCGAUACGUCGGUAAUAAUGAGCACCGUCGCCACCGGUACCGCCGCCCUCAUAUUCAACGCCGUCUCUUGUCUGCUUAGCACCAGGAUAUCUUCGAAAACCAUGACCUCGGCGUUGUCGCUGGCGGCGGGCGUCAGCGCCGGCGCCAUCUAUUGGCUGACGUCUUCGACGCAGAACCUCGUAGUCGCUUGUAUUUUCCAAGCGACCAUGUUGACCGCCAACAUGUGCAUCACCAGUUUGAUAGUGGAAUUGUUCCCUAGUACCGUGGGCGGUAUAGCGGUGUGCACGGUUAUAUGCGCCGGUAGGAUCGGCGCCGCCAUCAGCAACUUGGUUUUCGCUUAUCUCGUCGACAAACGUUGCGAAUUGCCGAUUUUCAUCGUCGCCGCCGUCGAAAUCGUCUGCGGUAUCUUGUGCUUUUUCGUACCGAAGCCCGGCGAUUGUUUGAACGACGAAAAAGAAGAAAAAAACGCCGAAAAGUUUACGCGCGUAUCGAUUUGGUAGUGAAAAUCGUUAUUUAGUUUAGGAUUUACCUAAAUCAUUGUCGCCAUCUUGUAAUCGAAUAAAUAAUUGUACAUAAC